CCGCGGGCAGCGCGGAGAAGUUGCCGCGAUGUUCGACAGCUCGCAGUACCCCUACAACUGCUUCAACGACCACGACGACGACUACCCGGCCGGCAGCUCGGACGAGGAGAAGCGGCUCACGCGGCCCGCGUACAGCUACAUCGCGCUCAUCGCCAUGGCCAUCCAGCAGAGCCCCGCGGGCAGGGUGACACUGUCGGGCAUCUACGACUUCAUCAUGCGCAAGUUCCCCUACUACCGCGCCAACCAGCGCGCCUGGCAGAACUCCAUCCGCCACAACCUGUCGCUCAACAGCUGCUUCGUCAAGGUGCCGCGGACCGAGGGCCACGACAAGGGCAAGGGCAACUACUGGACGUUCGCGGGCGGCUGCGAGUCGCUGCUCGACCUAUUUGAGAACGGGAACUUCCGGCGUCGGCGACGGCGACGCGGCCCCCGGCGGGAAGGGACCAAGGCAGGACGCGCAGAAGGACCCCCGGGUCCCUCGGAGCCCGCCUUGGACCACGCCCCCUGCCGCCAACCCGUGGCACCACCCGCCGGCCCCGCGGCCCUGGGGAAUGACAGCCGCGGGGAAAUCAAGUUCAGCAUCGACUACAUCCUGUCUGCACCAGACCCCUUCCCCGGGUUCGCGUCACCCUGUCACGCGCAGGAGGGCAGAGGCCCUUCGCUGGAGCCCCAGCAAAUGAGUCUCUGCUUUUGAGCAGUGUGAGCCCGGGCUGAGGCCAAAGCUGCAGAAUCAGCCUGGGGUCCAGAACCUCCCCUGGAAGCAGACUUCAGCCCCCCUGGAACCAAGACGCUCCCGUAUCCCUGUCUUCAGACUCCUUCCCAGUUGAUACCCCAGGGUGAGGGGACCCAGGAGACUGUCUCGUAAGAGGUAUUUACUGUGACACUGAAACCUUAUUAUGCAUUCAGAGAAAGUUCCUUACAGGGUACCCACUUGGCUCCAGCCUGACUUCGGGGUUUGCUGUGGAUUCGUGGAGCACCUCUCUGAGGAGUAAAACCAAGAAACUGUUCCCCAGAGUUGGGACGAAUUUCCUUCCAGGUACUGUGAGAUGUGGCUGCAUGGACAGCCUGUCCCAAAGUUGUUGGUGUGCCCAGUAAGCAGCUAGCACCUUCUGGCUAGCACCUUCUGUAUGCAUAAAGCUAACAACAAACGUGAGACAAGCAUUCAUUGGUCCACGAAGAGCGGUUACUCCCAGGUUUAGGAUGGGGUCCCUGUUUGUAUGAUGUGGUCUAUGGGAAGAGAUGAACCUAUCCUGUGCAUUGGCAGAAUGUUUUCGGUAACAAUUUUCAAAGUCCCUUGCAGUUUUUAUACAGGAAAGAAGGAAGGGUGGGAAGGAGGGGCCCAAAUUUGGAGGGACACUGGGGUAAAGUCUAGUCUUGGUGGUUCUGAAACGGGAGUAGGCUCCCAUUCAGCCUGGGCUGUUUCUUGAACAAGCGGGUGCCCUAGCAGGCUGUUGCCAGCACUGCUAUACAAAGGUGCAGGUUCGUGAGCAGCCAAAGUAAGUAUACUCCAUUUGAAAUGUAAAUGAUUUAAUUACUUCGUAGAGUGGAGCAGUUAGACGGGCAGUUUUAAAAACACAAUUGCACACAGUGAAACUAUUUGACCAACCUUAUCAUUUUUCACAAGCCCAUUUUUGCAGAGUUAAUUGCUUUCCGUGACUUAAUUUGAACAUUAGUAUGGAUUACACCUAAUCUGAUUCGCUAGGUGACAAAGAUUGGUUAAUUCGGUGAGCGACAAAAACAUACCUAACGAGGCUGUCUGUCUGGAUUGGAAACUACUGUCUUGCUUUAUUGGACUCUUAAAAACAGGCUGGGUAUGUCGGAAGGAGGGCAGGCAGCAGAGACAGGCGGGAGCCAAGCAGAGACCCACUUGGCCCUGGUAGCAUUUCUAUUCAGAAGGCCUGACAUUUCACUAACUCCAAGUAUUCCUUUGUUCAUCUACCCUGUAAAUAGAGAUUCUGCAUGUUUCUUUCAUCAUUUUGGAAAGAGGGAAGAAGACAUUCCUAACAAAUGCUUGAUAAAGGGAGGGUGAGAUGUCCAUUCCCUGGUUUCCAGGCCCAGCCUGUGCUGAAAGCCACCCCUGGGUCUUCAGGAGAAGGGGCAGCUUCCAUGCUGCUUGCUGAUAGCAGAAAUGAGAGGGUGCAGACACCUCUCCUUUGCAAAUGCCAGCUGCUCGUUUCCAGAACUCUUUGCUGGGAACAUGCCAGCUCUCUGGUGGGCUCCCUGUGCCAGCUAAGCACGUCUGUGGCCCACCUGCCAGCCCUGGGGGUGGCUGCUGCCACUCUGUGCCCAUUUUACGGACGGGGUCUGCAGAGCUCCUUGCUCUGUGGUGCUUGUGCAGGGUGUCAGACGGCCACAUGCGUGUGUGUGUGUGUGUGUGUGCGCGCACGCGCACGUGUCUGUCCUGUGUGUGUUGUGUUUGUCUGCAGUCCUACUUAUGUCCCUUGAUCAGAUAUGCUAAAACCAUCGUGCUAAAUUAUACUAGACAUGAUUUAGAUGGUGAUGAGAUGCACAUAGUACUAUACAUAGAUGUAUGGCACAGGGACUGUCCAAAGAUAUAU